AUUAAUAGUCUUUUCUCAUAGUGUUCUCAUUCAAUUCACAAAUAUUUAUUGAGCCUAAUUUAUACCAGACUCUUUGCUGGGCACCAAGAAGGUCCCUGCUCUCAAGGAGUCUGUUAGAAGAGUUGCAGAGACUUCCCGCCCCACUUCUCAAGAGACUUAGAGAAAAGGAAACAGAGCUUUGGAGGGUAAGGAAGCAGUAUCUGAAGCCUGACACUUGACCAAAGAAUGAAAAUAUUCUGCAUAGUUCCAGAGAGCCGAACCUACCCUUCUGACCUUGUCAACAAGGUAGACCUGCCAUUCCAGCCAAGCAGUUAUUUCUUUUUUAUUGUGGUAAAAUACAAGUACCAUAAAAUUUACAUUUACUUUUUAAAAUUAAUUAAUUUUUUUGGCUGCCCUGGCAUGUGGGAUCUAGUUUCCCAACCAGGAGCUCAAGUUUCCUUGUGUUGAGAGCAUUGAGUCUUAGCAGCUGGACCACCAGGGAAAUCCCUAAUUGUUUUAAAGUUUAUAGUUUUGUAGCAGUAAGUACAGUCACAUUUGUUUGCAGACAUCAUCUUCCUUGAUCUCCAAAACUUUUCAUUCUCCCAAACUGAAGCUCUGUGCCCAUUAAACAUCAACCUCCUCAGUUGCCCUGUCUCCCCAACCUUUGGCAUCUACCAUUCACCUCUCUGUCUCUAUGCAUUUGACUACUCUAGAUAACUCCUGUAAGUGAAAUCAUCAAGCAGUUAUUUUAGUUCUUGCUCCUCCAAAAAUACUUGUCCCUUUUUGGCAUCCAUAUCCUGUCCAUCUGUCAAAGUUUAGUUUGUGUCUGUUAUAGCCACUCCCGUGUACACAUACAGUCAUCUCAUUCCCCCGUAAAGUCUUGUUCCAGUGCUGGCUUUAUAAUUUGAUUAGCAUGUAUUAUGCACUUCCUUGUAAAGUUAGCUCAUUCUUCCUGUGUGUAUCCUUUCCCCAAAUUUCCCAAAGAUUCUUGAGGGAAAUUACCAUAUCUUUGCCCAUGCUUAUAUUUCACUUUAUCUUUGUCAAUUGGUAGUUUUCACAUUGUAGUUUCUCCAGAGGUGCUCGUUGAUUUUCCUUUAAUUAUGAAAGAUAACGAAAGAUUUGGAAACAGAUUAGAGUACCAACUAAUAGAAAUAGAGCAUUCAAAUAGUGGUCUGGCAUUGAGAUGAAGGUAACUGGGUUUGGAUGUGUUGAGAUAUGGAGCUGGGCCUUAGGUUCUCAGAAUUGGAGUGCAGGUUAGGAAUGAAGCCUGGAAAUGUAUGUUGAAGCCAUGAAAAUGGUAUGAAAGUGUACAUAAAGAACAGAGACUUAAGCAUCCACAAAAGGAUAAAGAGGAAACAUCGAAGAAGAUAGAGAGCAUUAUGGAUAUCGGAAUUUCGGAUAAGGGAUUAUGGACCUGUACUUCCCUUAUAGGGUUGUUAUGAAGAUUUAAACAAGAUAAGCUGAAAACAUUUUACACAGUGCUGGAGUGAUAGAAGGAAGUCAAGGCACCAUUAUGACUCAGAUGAGAAAUCAGAAACAAGAGAAAAUGGUGUUACAGAUGACUUGGAUGCUCCCAAACCCAAAAAAGCUAAAAUGAAAGAGAAGCUAAAUGGUGACACCGAGGAAGGAUGUGAUAGACUUUCAGAUGAAUUUUCUAAAUCUCAUAAGCCAAGAAGAAAAGAUCUAUCAAAUGGAGAUAUUGAUGAACAUGAAAAAAGAUCAAAGCGAGUGUCAUCUUUAAAUAGUUCUACUCAUAAAUCAAGUGACAAUAAAGUAGAAGAGACCCUAACACGUCAACAGAAAGAAGGAGGCUUCUCCAAUUUCCCUAUUUCUGAAGAGACUAUAAAGCUUCUGAAAGGUCGAGGGGUAACAUAUCUCUUUCCAAUUCAAGUUAAGACUUUUGGUCCUGUAUAUGAAGGAAAAGAUUUAAUUGCUCAAGCACGGACAGGAACAGGAAAGACAUUCUCUUUUGCCAUCCCCUUGAUUGAAAGACUCCAAAGAAAUCAAGAGACAAUUAAAAAAAGCCGCUCACCAAAGGUACUUGUUUUGGCUCCUACAAGGGAACUGGCAAACCAAGUAGCCAAAGACUUCAAAGAUAUAACUAGGAAACUCAGUGUGGCAUGUUUUUAUGGUGGAACAUCAUAUCAAAGCCAAAUUAAUCAUAUUCGAAAUGGUAUUGACAUCUUGGUUGGGACCCCAGGUCGUAUCAAAGACCAUCUGCAGAGCGGCCGGUUAGAUCUUUCUAAACUGCGCCACGUUGUGCUUGAUGAAGUGGAUCAAAUGUUAGAUUUAGGUUUUGCUGAACAAGUUGAAGACAUUCUCCAUGAGUCCUACAAAACUGAUUCUGAAGACAAUCCUCAGACUUUGCUUUUUUCUGCAACUUGCCCACAGUGGGUAUACAAAGUUGCAAAAAAAUAUAUGAAAUCCAGAUAUGAACAGGUUGACCUUGUUGGGAAAAUGACUCAAAAGGCUGCAACUACUGUGGAACAUUUGGCCAUCCAGUGCCACUGGUCUCAGAGGCCAGCAGUUAUUGGAGAUGUCCUUCAAGUCUACAGUGGGUCUGAAGGGAGGGCUAUUAUCUUCUGUGAGACCAAAAAGAAUGUAACUGAAAUGGCCAUGAAUCCACACAUAAAACAGAAUGCCCAGUGUUUACAUGGGGACAUCGCUCAGUCACAAAGAGAAAUUACACUGAAAGGCUUCAGAGAGGGUAGUUUUAAAGUUUUGGUGGCAACCAACGUGGCUGCCCGUGGUUUGGACAUUCCUGAGGUUGACCUGGUGAUUCAGAGUUCACCUCCGCAGGAUGUUGAGUCCUAUAUUCAUCGCUCUGGACGCACAGGUCGAGCUGGCCGGACAGGGAUCUGCAUAUGUUUUUAUCAACCGAGAGAAAGAGGUCAAUUACGAUAUGUGGAACAAAAAGCAGGAAUUACUUUUAAACGUGUAGGUGUUCCUUCUACAAUGGAUUUAGUUAAAUCUAAAAGCAUGGAUGCCAUCAGGUCUUUGGCUUCUGUUUCUUAUGCUGCUGUUGAUUUUUUCCGACCAUCAGCUCAGAGACUGAUAGAAGAGAAGGGGGCAGUGGAUGCGCUGGCUGCAGCGUUAGCCCACAUCUCUGGCGCGUCAAGUUUUGAACCACGAUCUUUGAUCACCUCCGAUAAGGGGUUUGUGACCAUGACUCUGGAAAGCCCAGAAGAAAUACAGGAUGUCAGCUGUGCUUGGAAAGAACUUAACAGAAAGCUGAGUAGUAAUGCUGUGUCCCAAAUUACCAGAAUGUGCCUCCUGAAAGGAAAUAUGGGUGUUUGCUUUGAUGUUCCCACAGCCGAAUCAGAAAGGUUACAGGCAGAGUGGCAUGAUUCAGACUGGAUACUCUCAGUGCCAGCCAAGUUGCCUGAAAUUGAAGAAUAUUAUGAUGGAAACACAUCUUCUAAUUCCAGACAGAGGAGUGGUUGGUCAAGUGGCCGGUCGGGCCGGUCAGGCCGGUCAGGUGGUCGAUCCGGUGGCCGGUCAGGUAGACAGAGUCGGCAGGGGAGUCGGUCAGGAAGUCGACAAGAUGGUAGAAGACGAAGUGGGAAUAGAAAUCGAUCAAGAAGUGGGGGCCACAAGCGGAGUUUUGACUGAGAUAGUUAAUCUUCCAGUGUGAGCUUGCCUGUUUCUGCAUAAUCAUGUACAUUAUCAACCAAAAAUUAGGUCAUCAUAGCUGAGGUCUGUGUCUGCUAUUUGGAAAGAAGUUGGUUGUAUUUUUUUAAAAAGUAUUUCACAAGAAUGGUUGUAAACAAAUCUACUUAUCAAGUUAUACCUUUGAAUAAAAAAACCUCCUUUUAUUGUCUCUUUUCA